GCGGCGGAGGGGAGGGAGAAAGUUUGCUUCCCCGACGUCAGCGCCGGGCGGGCCGCGGCGGCCGGGGGGCGAGCAGGCGGCGGGGAGCGGGGCCGAGCGCGGGGCGGCCGCGGGGCGCGCUCGCUCCGACCCGCGCCUGCCACCCGCGCCGGCGACCCCGGGGCCCUGGCGGGCAUGGACAGCGCGGCCGCCGCCGCCGCCGCCGCCUUCGCCCUGGACAAGCCGCCGCUGGGCCCGGGGCCGCCGCCGCCGCCGCCGCCGCCGGCGCUGGGGCCCGGCGACUGCGCCCAGGCGCGCAAGAACUUCACGGUGAGCCACCUCCUGGACCUGGAGGAGGUGGCGGCGGCCGGGCGGCUGGCGGCGCGCCCCGCGGCCCGGGCCGAGGCGCGGGAGGGCGCGGUGCGGGAGCCGUCCGGGGGCAGCAGCGGCAGCGAGGCGGCGCCGCAGGACGGUGAGUGUCCGAGCCCCGGGCGCGGCGGCGCCGCCAAGCGAAAGAAGAAGCAGCGGCGGAACCGGACCACGUUCAACAGCAGCCAGCUACAGGCGCUGGAGCGCGUGUUCGAGCGCACGCACUACCCCGACGCCUUUGUGCGCGAGGAGCUGGCGCGGCGCGUCAACCUCAGCGAGGCGCGUGUGCAGGUCUGGUUUCAGAACCGCCGGGCCAAGUUCCGCCGAAACGAGAGGGCCAUGCUGGCCAACCGCUCCGCCUCGCUGCUCAAGUCCUACAGCCAGGAGGCCGCCAUCGAGCAGCCCGUGGUUCCCCGGCCCGCCACCCUGAGCCCCGAUUAUCUUUCCUGGACGGCCUCGUCCCCCUACAGCACGGUGCCGCCCUACAGCCCUGGAGGCUCAGGCCCUGCCACCCCGGGAGUCAACAUGGCCAACAGCAUCGCCAGCCUCCGUCUCAAGGCCAAGGAGUUCAGCCUGCACCACAGCCAGGUGCCCACGGUGAACUGA